GACCUGUGGCUGCGAGUGUGUGCACGCUGCGAUAAGGGACAUCUCGUCAUCGUCGACCCCGGGUGGUGGUGGUGGUCGUCAGCAAUGCAAGCACCAGGCCCUUCGCAUAACGUCGCCGGACUUCGAUCGGUACAGUCGCGAAGUAAACAGCAGGUAGUAUCCGGUAGAACCGUAACUCGGUAGAACUCGGCCAGAACACCCUGCAAAGGAAGUUGCACCGCGUACCUGGUUCGACCUUUGCCCAACGGUUGGCGGCGACUAACGAUCAUUAGAAUUGCAACGCUUCAAUUAAAACCGUGUGUGUGCGCUAGCCGGUAUUCGAGUGCAUGUGUGUGUGUGUGUGUGUGAUUGUGAUCUAAGUAAAUCCCAGAUUUAAAUUACUGUUCCGCUAGCUGGUAGGUGAACCCGUUAUAACGCAGGUAUCGCGUUCGCGUCGCGCUGCUGGGAAUAAGAAACAAAGCGUUAGACAAGCGGCUGCAGGUGUUUUGUGCGGCUGCUGUGCAAAGCUAGCGACACAAGUGUCGCGGUCUCCCCCCCACCCCCAUAGGGACAACAGUACCUCCCCCCUUCGCUCAUCAACAAUCGACAUCGGACGCACCUUGCACCAUUGGCAGUCACAAUGGAGCUGCUGCUGAAGCUGGUUGCGCUGAUCCUACGCGUGGUUAAUCUCGUGCUCGAGCCCAUCCUCGUCCGGCUGGCUGGUCCAGCCCGCGUCGACCCCUUUCCGGCGAUACGGGACGAGCUGCUGCGGCUACCGGCAACCGAGCUGGCCGAAAGGAUACGCCAGGGCAAGCUGCGCUCGGUCGAGCUGGUGCGGGCGUACGUGUUGCGCAUACGAGAGGUGAACCCGCUGAUCAAUGCGGUCGUCGAGGAACGGUUCGAGGCGGCCCUCGGCGAAGCGGCCGAAGCAGACGAACGGGUGGCGGCGUGCGGCGGCGACGAGCAGGCAGUGAAGGAGCUGGCCCGCACCAGUCCGCUGCUCGGUGUGCCGAUCACCGUGAAGGAAAGCUGCUCGGUCAAGGGCCUUUCGCUGGGCGGUGGAGUGGUACGGCGGCAGAAUCUAACGGCGGAAGAGGACGGUGAGGCGGUGGGGCGGCUGCGCCGGGCGGGCGCUAUCCCGCUGCUCGUGUCCAACACGCCCGAGUACUGUAUGGCGUUCGAGUCGUACAACAACGUGACCGGGCGGACGCUCAACCCGUACGAUCCGCGCCGUACGCCGGCCGGUUCGUCCGGUGGGGAAGGCGCGCUGCUCGGCGCGGGCGCAUCGGUGUGUGGGGUGGGCAGUGAUCUCGGCGGAUCGAUCCGCAUACCGGCUCUGUUCUGUGGCAUCUUUGGACACAAACCAUCGGCAGGAAUCGUAUCCAUCAAAGGGCACAUGCCCGUCUGUGGCGAUGCACACUUCGACCAGUAUCUGUCCCUCGGGCCAAUGUGCCGUUACGCCAAGGAUCUGCCGCUGCUGCUCGAGAUUAUGGCAGGGCCGAAUGCAAGCCGCCUCCGCCUAGCCGAACCGGUCAACGUGGACAAGGUGAAGAUCUACUACCCCCAGAAGCUCGACCUGACCGUGAAUGCCGUCCCGAUUGCGCCGGAAAUUCGCGAAUCCCUGCGCAGUGCGCUGAAAUACUUCCAGAACAAGGGCGGCUACACGGAACCGCUCAACUUCCGCUACUUCGCCGACAGCAUGCAGCUCGCCUCGACCGAGCUGCAGUCGCUCACGGACGUACCGAACGUGUUUGCCACGGCCCGGCCCAACCUGCUCUGGGAGCUGCUGAAGGUGACGUUCCGCCAGUCCGAGCACACGUUCGCGACCAUCUUCAUGUAUCUGCUGUCCGCGUCGAAAGCGACCGUGAGCGAGCGGAACCGUGCCCGGUACCGUCAGAUGGCGGCGGAGCUGAAGCAAGAAUUUACGGAUAAGUUGGCCACCGACGGUGUGUUUCUGAUGCCCUCCUUCCCGAAGCCCGCCCUGCGCCAUUACGAAUCGUUCGGGCACGUCACCGGGUUCAUGUACACGAUGAUCAUCAACGCGCUCGGGUUUCCGGCCACGCAGGUACCGCUCGGCUUCAACCGUGACGGGCUGCCGGUCGGCAUACAGGUGGUGGCCGGCCCGAACCAGGACCGGCUCUGUCUGGCGGUGGCGCAGGAGCUGGAGCAAGCGUUCGGUGGCUGGCAGUUACCGAAAUAGUACGAGGGGGAAUGGAACAAGACAA